UCCUUCAGCCAGAGCUUUUUCCAUGUGGAGGCUCUUUCAAUGGACGUGUCCCCGCGUGCUUCUUAGACGGUCUGCGGUCUCCUAAAGGUCGACCAUGGUGGCCGGGACCCGCUGUCUUCUAGCGUUGCUGCUUCCCCAGGUCCUCCUGGGCGUUGCGGCCGGCCUCAUUCCCGAGCUGGGCCGGAGGAAGUUCGCGGUGUCUGCUGGCCGGUCUUCGUCCCAGCCCUCGGACGACGUCCUGAGUGAGUUCGAGUUGCGGCUGCUUAGCAUGUUCGGCCUGAAGCAGAGACCCACCCCCAGCAGGGGUGCCGUGGUGCCCCCCUACAUGCUGGACCUGUACCGCCGGCACUCGGGCCAGCCUGGCGCGCCCGCCCCGGACCACCGGCUGGAGAGGGCAGCCAGCCUCGCCAACACCGUGCGCAGCUUCCACCACGAAGAAUCUUUGGAAGAAUUGCCAGAAAUGAGUGGAAAAACAACCCGUAGAUUCUUCUUUAAUUUAACUUCUAUCCCCACUGAGGAGUUUAUCACCUCAGCAGAACUUCAGGUCUUUCGGGAACAGAUGCAGGAAACUUUGGAAAACAGUAGCAGUUUCCAUCACCGAAUUAAUAUUUAUGAAAUUAUAAAACCUGCCACAGCCAACUCCGAGUUCCCCGUGACCAGACUUCUGGACACCAGGUUGGUGACUCAGAAUGCCAGCAGGUGGGAGAGCUUUGAUGUCACCCCUGCCGUGAUGAGGUGGACAGCGCAGGGGCUCGCCAACCACGGGUUUGUGGUGGAGGUGGCCCACCCAGAGGACAGACACGGGGUCUCCAAGAGGCACGUGCGGAUUAGCAGGUCUUUGCACCAAGACGAGCACAGCUGGUCACAGAGAAGGCCCUUGCUGGUCACUUUUGGCCACGAUGGGAAAGGACACCCUCUCCACAAAAGAGAAAAGCGUCAGGCGAAACACAAACAGCGGAAACGCCUCAAGUCCAGUUGUAAGAGACACCCUUUGUACGUGGACUUCAGUGACGUGGGGUGGAAUGACUGGAUCGUCGCCCCCCCGGGGUAUCAUGCCUUUUACUGCCACGGGGAGUGCCCUUUCCCCCUGGCCGAUCACCUGAACUCCACGAACCAUGCCAUCGUCCAGACGCUGGUCAACUCAGUUAACUCUAAGAUUCCCAAGGCGUGCUGUGUCCCAACGGAACUCAGUGCCAUCUCCAUGCUGUACCUUGACGAGAAUGAAAAGGUGGUAUUAAAGAACUAUCAGGACAUGGUUGUCGAGGGUUGUGGGUGUCGUUAGCACAGCAAAAUAAAAUAAAAUAAAUAUAUAUAUAUAUUUUAGAAAAAAGCAAAAAAAAAAAAAAAAUCAAGUUGACACUUUAAUAUUUCCCAAUGAAGACUUUAUUUAUGGAAUGGAAUGGAGAAAAAAAAACACAGCUAUUUUGAAAAUAUAUUUAUAUCUACGAA